CUUGUCCGAAUAUUGGCCAUAGCCAUGUUCUCAGUGUGCACGGCCCACGGCCGUGAUGCUGACGCUGUCCAGAACCGCAGCUGGCUAAGCGCAGUCACUGCCCGCCAUUGCUGCGGCCCAGCCGCCUUGGUACAUGGUCUGAUUGCAGGCAUUCUGUGGGCACCAGCGAUUUGCAGAAAGCCAGGCCAGGGCUUGUUUUUAUGCGCUGUGCCAGUGCACACAAAAAAUUUUCCCUCGCUCUUUCAGCUUAGCUGCCUCAAUUUUCAAAUACUAUUACUCUCAAAAUGGGUAAAAUUUUCCAACCCAGCAACAAAAUUCAGCUGACCAACGUGUCGGUAGUACGCCUGCGCAAGGGCGGCAAGCGAUUCGAGGUGGCAUGCUACAAGAACAAGGCCUCGGAAUGGCGCAACGGCGUUGAGAAGGACAUCGACGAGGUGCUUCAGAUUCACCAGGUGUACAUGAACGUGUCCAAGGGCCAGGUGGCCAAGACCGAGGAGCUGAAAAAGUGCUUCAAGACCGAGGACGUCGACGAGGUGAUCCGCGAGAUCCUGCAAAAGGGUGAGCAGCAGGUGUCUGACAAGGAGCGGCACCACCAGCUCGACAACAUGCUGCGAGACAUCGCCACCAUCGUUGCCGAGAAGUGCAUAAACCCGACCACGCAGCGGCCAUAUACUGUCACCAUGAUCGAGAAGGCCAUGGGCGAUCUGCACUACUCGGUGAACCCGAACCGCAGCGCCAAGCAGCAGGCGCUGGAUGUCAUCAAGCAGAUCCAGCAGCAGAACAUUAUGCCAAUUUCCAGGGCCCGGAUGCGCAUCCGGGUGACAAUGCCGAGCAAGGAGGCAAAGCGGAUCAAGGACAAGCUGUCGCCGCUGGUCGCCGAGACCGAGGAGGAGGACAUUAGCGAGGAGUAUGAGCUGAUUGCGCUGAUCGACCCUGGCCAGUUUCGCGCUAUCUCGGAUCUGCUGCAGGCGGAAUGCAAGGGCCGCGGCGAGGUCGAGGUUCUGAGUCUCCGGGACACGAACGACGAGGAUAGCACGUUCAUGUAGGUUCUAUACAGCUUGGUGAAAUUA